AUGGUAGCUGUCUCGGAUUUGGACGUGGAGAGCAAACUGACCGCUCACUUCCGGGCCCCGUGGCAUCAGCAGCGAAACCUGCUCCACCCAAACACAAGACCAGAAUGUAUCGUGGAGCUCCACCAGCAGCAAGCCGAGCUCAGCCUGUGGGCCCUGCACCGAGACCACGAGCAGCGGCGAGCGGACAGCAGGGAGAAACGAGUGACCAUCUCUGCCCUUCCCCCGAUGCCCCUUUACCCACACACUGCCAACGACCACUCCAACUUCCCCACGUUUGAGUCCACCCGCUCCUCCUCCCCCACUGAAUGUUGCCGCCUGUCCCCAUGGAGCAGAAAGGCCUCGCCCCCAGACUCGGACUCAGAGGGGGCGUCUCUGGGUCACCGCUCUAAGUGUCCCGUCCCUAACGUCCCGACCACGUUGGACAAACAGACCAACUGGACCGGAGCCCUGCCGCUGCCCACCCCCGAGGAGAGACUCAAGAACAGCCCCCAGGUCGUCAGCUCCUGCGUCAUUCCCAUCAACGUGACGGGGGUUGGCUUUGACAGAGAUGCUAGUGUGCGCUGCUCCCUGGUUCACUCCCAGUCUGUGCUUCAGCGGAGGAGGAAGCUGAGGAGACGCAGGACUGUGGCCGGCGUUCCCCGGCAGGUGCAGCGGGAGCUGGCGUUCUUCUCCUCGGCCGACUCAGACGACUCCCCAGCGUCGGGAGAGCGAGCAGUGAUUGUCCACGCCGCCGCAGACACAGACCUGAACACCAGAGACUCCGGCUGCCAGACCGAGGACAUCCUGGUUUCCGGAGCUCCGUCCUGGAGGCGUGUCCGGGCGCAGCGAGGCCAGGCCCUGUGCUUGUCCUACUCUGCAGGGAACAUCUCCUCUCUCCACGACAGCUCUGACAUGUUCACUGCACACCUCCACACCCGCAGUCUUCCCCGUGAGCCCAGCCUCCUGCUGGUGAAUGGCCAUGAGAGCGACGAGGAGCUGUCUCCAUACGAAGGGGAGGACUUCCUGUCCACAGCUGCAGACUUACAGCUCAGCGCUGAGGGCGGCGGCUCCGAGCCUCAGUCUCUGUCCAGUCUCAAGUACAACCCCCUGCCGGACAGUCCAGGGCGGAGCUGGAUGCAGCGGGCACACGCCGCUCUGCCCAGAGGAGGCUUGGGCAGCUGUGAGAUAUCCUCCAGCUCUGACACCUUCAGCAGCCCAGUGCACUGCGCCUCUGCGGGACACGUGGACCACAAGGACGAGCACCAGUCAUCCAGCGGCAACUGGAGCGGCAGCAGCUCCACCUGCCCCUCCCAGACCUCAGAGACUCUGCUCCCCGCCGCCUCGCCCCCCCUCACAGGCUCCUCCCACUGUGACUCUGAGCUCUCACUGAACCCUCAUCACACAGAUGACCCGCUCGACCAUUACCACGGCCUGAGGAGUCACCGUGCCGGCUCCUUCUCCUCCACUGCCAUGGACAUCCUGGAGGAGGCGGGCGUGAGCACUCCGGUAGGCAGUGACUGGGGCUUUGCUCCCACUGAAGCCUCCUGUCCUCCAGACUUCAGCCCUGAGCCAAACCCAGAGACCGGCCUGGACUGCCCCAGUUACACCAGCAUGGCCACAUGUGAGAGCAGCUUCUCAGACAAGCCUUUGUCGGAGAAGGCCGACACUGUGUCGCAUUACUCUGUAGACACCGAGGGAUACUACACCUCCAUGCACUUCGACUGUGGCCUCAAAGGCAGCAAGAGCUUCAGCUACAGCAGCUACGCAGCCUCAGAGUACAGCCUCUCGGAGGUCAGCGGACACCUGACCCUGGGCCGCCGCUGCCUGUCUCUGAGGAAAAAGAAGUCAAAGCCGAGUCCACCGCAGAGGUGCUCGUCUCUCAGGAAAAUCAACAGUGAGGGGAAUCUGCAGCAACACACUGAACCAAAGAUCAGCUGUGGACAACAACCUCCAGGCUCCAGAGAGCGCAGACUGCAGCUGAGUCUGUCCAGCUCCGCAGGACAAAUGGAAGCCUCUCUGUCACGAGAGUCUUUGGAGGCUCCUGGUCCUCUGGAGGCUCCUGGUCCUCUGGAGGUUUGGGACGGCUGCACUGAGCUCCCAGACCUGGGGGUGUUCAGCUCCACAGACGCUCACUCCUUUAAGAACGAGGGCAUAGUGCAGUCUGAGUACGCAGACCUGUGGCUCCUCAAUGACCUGAAGUCCAACGACACGUACCGGUCUCUGUCCAACUCCAGCACUGCGACAGGAACCACGGUCAUUGAUAAGAACCAGGACAGCUCCGGCUCACAGACCUCUCAGUCCGAGUCCAGAUCCACCACCCCUUCCCUGCCGUCAGGAGAGGGGGACUUCAAACUUACAUCGCCAGAGAAACUGGCCGCGUUAGCUAGCCCCUCCAGCGGCUACUCCAGUCAGUCCGAAACCCCCACCUCCGCCACCAUUCCCUCCACGUUCUUCCCUGGACCUCUGUCUCCCGCCAACAGGAAGAGAAAGCCCAAGGUCCCAGAGAGAAAGUCCUCGCUGACGUCACAGUCCAAAAACGGCUCGUGUAAAAAGGACUUGGAGCUGCCAGUCGUCCCAUCAUCAGAUCUGGAUUUCGCAGCUCUUCAAAGCCACAAGGCGGUGGUUUAUAGGACUCAAAUUCUCAAUCACCAAAACAAACACAAAUUGCUGAGUGAAAGUGCUGCAGGAGCUAAAGCAAAGUUCUACGACGUUCACCCCAUGGCCAUCACGCCCUCGGUGCUUCAUACGGUGCAACUGAAAUCUAUUUUUAAGGAGCAUGAAGACAGUCAGGACGAAAGCACAUUAGAUACAACUUUUAAUGAUUCUGCAGUGAAUCAAACCACUGCCCUCUCUGAUUCCACUGAACGGAGCAGCUCUGAGGCGACUCCCAGACAGGCGAGCGAGACCAGGUCUGCGUCACACCAGGAACUAACGGGUUCCAGCGAGAUAAAUAGUGGAUAUGAAGAAGAAAACAUGACGGAACCAACUUCAGAGAUGGACAUAAGCAACUCUGAGCCACUGGUCAUGACUGAGGACUCCCCCCUGGCGUUGGAAUGCUUCAGUGCGAGAAGGCUGGAGAUUGUGGAAGAUGAGGAUUCGGACAUCAGCAGCAGCGCAGAGAAACUCCGGUCUGUGGAUGAGGAAUUGAGGUAUUCGGAGCCAUGUGGCGAGGAUAUGAAAGAGGUGGAAGACCCAGAGUCCUCGGGCGUGUCCAACGAAAGCUCCGUCAGCAGCAAAGAUGAGGACUACUGCAGCAAAGACAGCACGCCGAGUGAGACCUCCGUCUCCCCGCUGAGCGACGAGGCCAGACCUGAAGACGACACUGUGUUUCUGUCUCCGACUAAAUAUCGCACCACAGAAGAUCUGUUCGCCAUGAUCCACAGGUCGAAAAGGAAAGUUCUGGGUCGAAAGGACCCCUCAGAAACACCCGCUCGCCUUCGCCUCAGCACCGCCUCAGGAAGCCCCUCCCCCUGUAGCACCGCCUCCAGCCCAAGCCCCACCCCCGCCAUGUCUCCGCCCCCAGUUGUCACCCCGCCCACCGGCCUCCACAGAGCCCUGGUCCCCAUCUACCGCAGCGCCAAGAAGUCUAGCACCUCCAACGAAGAGUUCAAGAAGCUGCUGCUGGAGAAAGGCAGCCACUCUGAGUCCAGCUACCGCAUGUCGGCCACAGAGAUCCUCAAAAGUCCCAUCGCUCCCAAAUCCCCCUGUGACCCGCUGCUGCUGGACUCGAAGCCUCAGGAAGAACCGGCGUCUCCCACACAGCAGCACAGUCUGGAGCAAGUGUCCAGCCCGUACCCCAGGUCUCACUCUGAGGGGUUCUCUUCGAAGAGCUUCCAGUCGUCGAGGCAGGGGCGCCCCAGGAUCCCCCCCGCCGCCAGCAGCAGCCGGUACGGCAUGAGGCGCAUGUACUCGGCACCAAUGCAGGCCAUCUCCGAGGGCGAGGCCGAGAACUCAGACGGCAGCCCACCGCUCCUCGUAAAGAGUCAGACUAAAGAUCUACAAUCAAUAUAG